CACCGUCGCGCGCAGUCCGGGCAACUCGGAAGAAGUGCAAAACAUGGCGCCGGAGUGAGAACGCAGUGUACAACGAAGGACGCUGGCGCAUCGGGUAGAGAGCCGAUAACAGCACCUUCUAGAGAGCGAGACUUUUGCUUCGCCCCUUCGAAGAGAGAAAUAACCUCCGAGGAUUCCGAGGGAGCCGAGUUAACCGACAUCCUCUAAACUGGAGAGGCCGACCGGCUACGAGCGACAGCCAUGAGCAACAUAUCGCCCUUUGGCGGCGGCAAAAAUCCGCCCUGGGUCCGCAAUGCAGGUCAAGGGAUUCAAAACAUCCAGCAGCAAAUGCUGGGACAGGCAAUGGGUGGCAUGGGUGGACAACCCAUGGUUCAAUACCAGCAACCCAAUCAACAAGUUUACCAGCAAAGUCUGGGAUUACAGCAACCAAAUAUAACCAUGGCAUCCAUGGCAACGUUAGGUUCUAAUUUACCCUCUGGUAUAGCUGGACAGUUGUAUCCUCAAGUAGCCACAGUUUCAUAUCCAACUCCACGAACACUUAAUGCUAAUGCUUUCACACAAUCAGUAGCUGGAGUCACUCAGCAGGUCCAGCAAAAUGUGCCUCCGUCUUCAACUAAGCAAAGAGUUUUUACGGGUACAGUUACCAAAGUCCAUGAUAAUUUUGGGUUUGUCGACGAAGAUGUAUUUUUUCAAACUAAUGCUUGUGCCAAAGGCUCAAACCCAGCAGUGGGUGAUCGUGUUCUAGUAGAAGCAUCUUACAAUCCUUCGAUGCCCUUUAAAUGGAAUGCAACAAGAAUUCAAGUGCUUGCCAUGGGAAACAACAAUAACAGUGCUAAUGCACAACCGCCUGCUCCAACCAAUCGACCAAACCAACCUACUAGAACUUCAGGGAAUUAUAACGCAGUUCCACCUCCUAAUGAAAAUGCAAAUAACAGAUUUAGUGCAAACAAUACUAGCACAACUGCAGUAGCGAAUCGCAAUAAGGCUGCCAGAGUCAGAGAGAGAUCCCCGCGGGAUCGACGAAACGAUGAUGAGGAAGUUGAACGGAAGCGACGUAGAGAGGAGAGAAUCAGGGAACGCGAGAAGAAAGAAGAGCGCAGUCCUUCUAGGACAAGAAGAAGUAAAUCACCAAGACCCCGUAGGCGAGCAAGAGUAGUUCCUCGUUACAUGGUUCAAAUACCAAAGAUAGCUCUUGAUUUACCAGAAGCUGACGUUCUGGAAAUCAAAAGACGUUACCAAAAUAUGUACAUUCCCAGUGACUUCUUUUCAACAAACUUCAGAUGGGUUGAUGCAUUUCCGCCCCACAUGCCGUUUACUCUCAAUAAACCUUGUUCCUUCCACGUCAUGCACAAAGAUGUUGAUUCUUGUAUUGAAAAUACAGCUGUACUGGAACCUCCAGAUGCAGACUAUUUAUUCUCAGCAAAGGUCAUGCUCAUAUCGAUGCCACAAAUGGAAGAGAUCUACAAGCGCUGCUGCGGCGUGACCGAAGAUCGCGACAACGAUCGGGACUAUAUCCACCCGACACGUUUGAUCAACUUCCUAGUCGGCUUGCGUGGCAAGAAUGAAACGAUGGCAAUCGGUGGUCCGUGGAGUCCAUCGUUAGAUGGACCAAAUCCUGAUAAGGACCCAUCCGUUCUCAUCAAGACUGCGAUUAGAACGUGCAAAGCCUUGACUGGAAUCGAUUUGUCCAACUGUACUCAAUGGUACCGCUUCCUGGAGCUCUACUACAGGCGGGCGGAGACGACCCACAAGUCCGGCCGUGUGGUACCCUCUCGCGUUGAAACCGUCAUACUAUUUCUCCCAGAUGUUUGGCGCUGCGUUCCGACCAGAUUGGAAUGGGACGGUCUACACCUCAGCUACAAAAAGCAACUGGAGCGUAAGCUGCUGCGCGCCAGCGAGUCGGCCGAGCCGGAGGCCGCUCCUCCAGCCGCCGCUGCUGCUGCCGCUACUGCCGCUACUCCUUCUGCUACUGCUGCUACUGCUGCUGCUGGUGCCAGUGAGGCGAUUGCUGACGAGAAUACCGCUGCGGCUGCCGGCGUCGCUGAUCAAAAGGACGAUGCAGUGCCGGAGAAGAAGGACCCGACCCAUUAUUCUGAACUGGAUCCAAAGAAUAUGAACGUCAAUGACUUGCGGCUGGAAUUGGUCGCUCGUAAUCUCAACUCCAAAGGCUUAAAGUCUCAGCUUCAAGCGAGACUUUCCAAGGCUAUAAAGUCAGAACAGGCCAAAGAAGAGGGCAGACAGGAUGAGCCAGAGGAGAAUGACAAAGAAAGCAUGCCGUCACCCAAAGAUGACCCGAAAGACGAUAAACGGUCUAAGGACAGCAAGGAGAACGACGAUGAUAAGAAAAAACUGUAUGACAGAGAAAGGGCUAUGUUGGAGAAAAGGUAUAACCUUCCAGAGGCCUCACAUAUCAUAGUCCACCCCUCGAGAACCGCUAAAAGCGGUAAAUUCGAUUGUACAGUCAUGUCUCUUAGCGUUUUGCUAGAUUAUAGACCGGAAGACACAAAGGAGCAUUCGUUCGAAGUAUCAUUAUUUGCCGAACUCUUCAAUGAAAUGCUGAUGCGCGAUUUUGGUUUCCGAAUAUAUCGCGCCCUAUGCAAUCUACCCGAAAAACCAAAGGAAAAGGAAGAAGACAAAAAGAAGGACAAAAAAGAUGACAAGAAAAAGGAUGACGAUCGGAAGUCCAAGAAGGAUGAUAAAAGAGACGACAAGAAGAGCGAUAGUAAGGACAAGAAAGAUGAUAAAGAUGCCAAGAGUAAAGAUGAAAAGGAUAAGGACAAAAAUGAUGACGAAGAUGACGAGGACGACGAUGAUUCUGAAGACGACGAUUCCCUAAAGGACGGCAAAAAAGAUCGCGACAAGGAUGGAAAGAAGAAGAGGGUUAAACUGUACACCUUCGAUCCAUACCUUCUGUUAUCCUUUGUAUACUUUGAUCAAACUCACUGUGGAUAUAUUUUUGAUAAAGACAUCGAAGAAUUGAUUUACACGCUAGGAUUGAACUUGUCUCGAGCUCAAGUUCGAAAGUUAGUGCAAAAAGUUGUUACCAGAGAUUCCUUGCACUACCGUAAGUUGACCGAUAAAACUAAGGACGAAGAUUCUAAGAAAGAUGAUGAAAAAGCAGAUGGAGCUUCCGCUAAGUCUGAAAAUGAAGAAGAAAUUUUAAAGUCACUUGCCUUAGGUAAUAAAAAGUUACUACCAGUAUUCGUUGGAAGUGGACCUGCUUCCAAGAGGGCACGUCGAGAAAAUUCUUCUGCGGAUCAAGAUGAAGGCGAAUCUGUGCCGGAGGGCUUCAUAAUGUUUAAAGGCUCGUUGUUAGAUAUAGAAAAAUUAGUUAGUCAAUUAAAAAGAUCCGAAAAUGCUCGCGUUGAUACUGAAACGCGAAUGAUGGAGAUACAACGAGAAUUAUCCGUUGUCAGCGAAAAAUCGACUAAGCAAAGCAAUACUAUUAAAGAUCUUUCCGACGAUUUAAAAAUGUACAAAGAUAGACUGAGGAAUGCAGAUGACAAGCUUAAAAAAGUAACGACUGAAUCACAUUCAUAUUUUACUUCUAUCAAAAGUAUAUAUCACAUAGCAUCUAAGAGUAUUCAAAGCGACACGAAGCGAGUUGAAAUAGUCGAAAUCCAGGACGAAAAGGGCACCACUGAAGUCAAUGGUGCGCAGCUCGAGGCAAAGUCCAAAAGCGACACUCGAUGGAGCGAUAGCAAAGUCACAGUGAAAAAAGAGUUAAAUGAGUGCGAGAAAGACAAAAAGUGUGACAAUAAAGUUAUUAUAAAGAAGGAGAUUGCAGAGGACGAGAAAGAAAGAAAAUAAAUAAUCGUCCGCCAUAGUUUGUAUUUGUUCGUUUAUACUUUACAGAAAAUGCACCAAAAUCUAACAACGUCCUUCUUGCGCUGUUUUUAGCCAAAUUUACACGUGCGCUUCGCAAUGAAAGUACUGAGAACAGUUUAAUUUCCAAGUCAAUAAAUUAGUAUUUCCAUUUCCAUUUCAAUAUUUUUUAUUUAAUGAAAUUUCUUUGUGGCUCUGUUGAAUAUUUAAGGAAUAUUAUAUUGUUUCAAGAAAAGAAACUAAACAAAUGAAAGUUAAAACACGAGUGUAUAGACGAAUUACUGUAUUACUUUCAAAAGUUGUAUUAUUGUCUAUAAAAUAUAUUAAAAAUGAAAUUCA